AUGGCAACAAUUGAAGAAAUUAGACAAGAAUUAGAAAUGGCAAGAGGAGAGUAUGAAGAGGUGAAAAAGAAGCUGGAAGAGUGGGAAGUGGGGAAAUACAAAGGAGAGAAGUUGAACGAGUUGGAAGAUGAGUUAUAUAAGGGAGAAUUCAGGAAUGAAGAACAGAAGAAAAGGUGUAAAGAGAGGGCAUUGCGUGAUUUCAGUGGAGGAAAAGAGGGAAGAGGAAUCAAACGUCCAGUAGAGGAUGAUUAUACAUAUGCUGCAGCUGAAAAAAAAGCAAAACUUGUUGAAGAUAUGAAGGUACCACUUUCAAGCUUUUGUAAAUCAUGUAAAUGGGAAGAGGUUGUUCCUGUGAUUUUCAAUCAUCGGCCUCAUGAUGCUGAUAUUCCUAUCACUCUAUAUCAUCAAGUAUUUGCACAUUUUCAGGAGUACUGUACCAAUAUUCAUAUCUCAAUGGAUGAUUGUGACCUGGUAAUAAAACUUAUCACACAAAUGACAAAAGCUUUUAAGCGUGAGAAUGAUAGGGUGGCUGAAUUUUUAAAAUGGACAUCUGAAUAUUUUGCUCACCCAGUUACAAAACUACCACUUCCACAAAUUGGUCAAGAAGCUGAUAUUGGAGCUUGUCAUUCUGUUGGAAAUCAUUCUUUCUGUCUUCUUAUUGGUGAAGCUAAAAAUGAAAUUGGGGAAGGACAUGGAUGUUCAUAUAUACAAGCAUGUGCUUCAUAUGCUAAACAGAUUGGUGCUAAUACAAAUAAUACAAUACAUAAAGGUCUCAACCCAUCUUUUAUUCUUUAUCUCUCUGGUCCUUACCUGGGUAUUGCUGAUGCUGUUUUUGGAAAAGAUUUUACAAUAGAUCCUCUCACACAUGUUCUGCCCUUUCUUUAUUUAAAGAAUGAUCCAGAAAUGAUGGUUUCUAUUACUCGUACUUUUAAGGCAUUAAAAACUGUUCUUGGUGAGUUAAAAAAUUAUUAUUCAGAAUUUCAAGUAACACAACACAUUGAUAAUUUAAGUCUUCAACGACCAGCCAGUUUUCCUUAUCCUUCUUCAUUUAAAAUGGAUGAUAACCGUGAUAUCAAAUUUAUUUAUAAAAAUCAACUAUGUGAUGGUAAAUUAGUUUUUAGGGUGCAAGGACAGAAUGAAGAAUUUAAAGAUAAGUGGAUGGUAGUGAAGUUCACACAAAAAUAUUGCAAAGAAGCUCACAAAUUCUGUGAAAAAAAAGAAAUUGCACCUGAACUUUUUGCACUUAAUGAUCUUUCUGGAAGUUGGAAAAUGGUUGUCAUGGAGUACCUUUCUGAUGAUGAGUACAUUAACCUUUACAAUCUUCUAAAAGAAAAAAAGGAUAAUCAGGAAGAUUUACAACAAAAAACAAUAAAUGUUGCAAAACUCUUACAUUCUGGAGAUUAUGUGCAUGGUGAUCUUCGAGCAUCCAAUAUCAUGAUUUCAACUGAUAUGAAGCAUAUAAAGAUUAUUGACUUUGAUUGGAGUGGAAAAGUAGAUCAUGCUGUUUAUCCACAUUUUGUUAGUAUAUGCUUACCUUGGCAUCCAGAUGUUGACUGUGAAAAACCAAUUGCUAAAGAACAUGAUUUACAUCUUUUAAAGAAGUCUAUAGAAAGUAAUCCUUUUUAA